GGAAUUUCUUAUUUUCUCCCACAAAUGUUUAAAAGUCUAAGUAACAGUGAUUUAAUUACAGUUUAUUCCUUUCCGUUUCCCUUUUUGUAAAACUGACUUGGCUUUGACCUUUGGUUACAAGUGUAUGGUUGUAUGGGCUACGUUCCCACUGCUUGUCUGGCAGAGGAAUCAAUAAAAAAAUGCUGACAUUAUGUCAUUGUGUCACAAAUCACAAUGAUUGUGAAUUGAGCAUUAUCGUACAAAAAAAUAAUAAUUCGCCUCGUAAAUAAUAAUUACAUAAUGGCUAACUGGAUUUUUGAGUUAAAUAAUCCACAAUUUGUUGUGGCGCCUAUGGUUGAUGCUAGCGAACUAGCUUGGCGCCUACUCUGUAGACGGCAUGGUGCAAAUUUGUGCUACACUCCUAUGUUACAUAGUAAUGUUUUUACAAAAGAUGCUAAAUACAGGAAAGACAACCUAGUUACUUGUGAAGAAGAUCGUCCUUUAAUAGUACAGUUUUGCGGUAACAACCCUGAAAUUAUGGCAUCAGCUGCAAAAUUAGCUGAAGAAUAUUGUGAUGCUAUAGACAUCAACCUUGGAUGUCCUCAAUCUAUUGCUAAAAGAGGAAGAUAUGGAUCCUUUCUUCAAGAUGACUGGGAAUUAUUGAAAGAGAUCGUGACUGCAAUGUCCAAGGCUGUUUCCAUACCAAUCACAUGUAAAGUGAGAAUAUUUGAAGAUAUUGACAAAUCAGUAAAUUAUGCCAAGAUGCUAGAAGCAUCUGGAUGUAAACUCCUAACAGUUCAUGGAAGAACAAGAGAGCAGAAAGGGCCUUUGACUGGCAUUGCUAGUUGGAAACAUAUAAAAGCUAUAAGGGAGUCUGUAUCAAUACCUAUGCUUGCAAAUGGUAAUAUUCAGUGUCUCGAAGAUGUAUACAGGUGUAUAGAAUAUACCAAAGUUGAUGGCGUAAUGAGUGCAGAGGGAAUUCUUACAAAUCCUGCUCUGUUUGAAGGUAUUAACCCAGUCACUUGGGAAUUGGCAGAAGAGUAUUUAGAAUUAGUUUACAGGUAUCCCUGCCCCUCAUCUUAUGUUAGAGGACAUCUAUUCAAAAUUUUCCAUAAAAUUUUCACCUUUGAUGAGAACAAUGAUGACCGACAAUUACUUGCUACAGCUCAGAACAUAAAUGACUUCAAGAAAGUUUGUGAAAAUCUAAAAAAUAAAUAUCAACCUUAUCAAGAAGGGAAAAUACAUUAUGAAGAUGAAGAAAAUAUAUCCAGGACAGGGUACAAUUUAAUUUUACCACCAUGGAUAUGUCAACCUUAUGUGAGAAUGUCACCAGAAGCACAUACACAGAAAAUGCACGAGCUAAGUAAAAAUCAGAACAAUCAGGAAUGUAAAAGAAUUAAUGAAGACCAAGAUGGAAAUCAUAUAUCACGUAAGAAAAUGAAAAAGAUGAAACGGAUGAUGCGAAGACCUCAGAAAGCAGAUCAAAACCAGAAUGGGCGAAAUGGAGAUAUUUGUUUCAAUGAUAAAUGUCCUAAUCCUCUGGGCGGUAAAUGUACAUACAAAUUAUGUAAAAAAUGUUGUAAAAAUAAGUGUUACGAAGAAGACUUGGAUUGUAGAGGUCACAGGAUACUUGUUCAUACUAGAAGAGAAAUUGCCAAAUUAUUUGCAAAUAAAAAUACUGAGGAGACGUAGCUGUUAAGAUAUUUUUUUUGAAAUAAAUUGACUACCUGAUUAUUGAAA